AUGGAUAAUUCCCUAAUGCCUGACUUAGAGCAUGGAUCGCAUGUCAGUGGUGACUCUACGCCGCGUUCUAGGUCGGUUCCUGCAAUCGAUUCGGGUUCCAGCUUGGCUGAUGGCACUCCUCCAGCUGGAGAGCAGAGGAAGAAAAAGCCUCGGAAUAGGAAGCCCAAGGCCAAGGUGGCGAUAGAUGCUGGAUCGGGUUCUGCACCAAAUCCUGUGAAUACACACCAAAAUAAGCGCGAAAAAGUGCCACCCAAGUUUUUAGAGCUCAAGAAAUUGGCUUCCCAGUAUAAGCCCUUGACGGUUAACGGUAUAGCUGUUUCGUCAAUUCGCAUGUCUUUGGCGGAUUACCUGCGCAAAGCAAGUCAGUCAUCUGAUCCCAUGUAUCUGACUCUAAUUCUGAAACCAUCAGACCCUGAUUUUGCAUACGAUUUGGACGUUUUGAAGCUUUCGCUGAACAUACCAGGCAACUAUCCCUUCCAGGGCUCCAAGCCAGAGAUCGUAAUUCUCAACGAUGACAUCCCAAGGGGGUUUACAUUGAAUAUCGAGGCCGGAUUCAAGUUGAUAGCUGCAAAAGCUGCGGGGAAUAAACUCGAAAAAGUUAUGAGCAAGAAGAAGAAAAAGAAUACCAAAGCUCCCGAAAGUGAGCCUGGUGACAAAACCAUAGACAUCGAAAUGGUCAAGGGAAAUGACCUAGCAUCCAUGAUCAUGACCUUAGACAAGUAUCUUGAAACAUUUUUGGCCCAAGAAAAACGUGAGACCAUAAAAAUAGUGCGCAGAAAACCAACCAUACCGAAAGAUGUUACGCCAGUACCUGUACCAGCAGUGUCUAUGGGCCCCUCGUCACAGCAGAAGAGGCGGGCCGAGGAGCUCAGUCAUAUACCACAAGAGGUGCUGGAGAGGAGAGCAAAAGAAAUAGAUUUGUUCUGCCAGAGGUUCAAGGACUCAAAACCAAACUUAUACAAGGAUACAUCGCAAAACACGAUCCUUUCGUUGGACCUGCAGUUCACAGAAGCAGACUUCAUAGUGGAGAUCGAGGGAUUGCAAGAGUUUCAGAUAAAGAACCUUCCUAUAAGACUGUAUGUGCCGCAGGAAUAUCUCUGGAACAAGAAGAAGUGCUUGCGCAUAGAGGUUGCGCUUUCUAAUCCAGAUGUACUCCGCAUGAUCAAUACUAUUCAGGACAAAAAUCUCAAGCUGGUGUUCGGGAAGAUGAUGACUAACCUCGGUACAAACUUCCAAAUUGUGGCAAUGGAGUUCUGUAAAGACAAUGCGGGAGAAGGAGAUGAGUCUCAGAAUCUAUUCCACUCAAUUACAUCUCAGCUGAACUUUUUCAUUUCGAAUGUGGAGAAGUUUCUGUAUGAGAAGAGCGAGUUCGUAAAGUGGAACGAAUUGAGAAAGCAGAGCAAUUUGGAGGUGCUGAAAUUGUACGGAUGA